UUUGUAUUAAAUCUGACAUCGUUGCGACAAAACACGUGCAGAGUUGAUUAAGUCGAAUGAUGGUUGGAAUUACACAAUUCGAGAAAAGUGUUCAGUCCGUUGUGGAACGGUGUGGUGGACGUUUGAGCUGCGGCGUGAUUAUCGGCCGUUUCAACAACUGCUUGGUAUAAUGGGCCGCAUUUAUAAAAGAAGAGUUGGUAAUAGAAAUUACGCAAAUUAUUCUGAAGACACAUUAAAAAAUGCUGUUGCAGCAAUUCGUGCUGGGGCUAGUUACAGGGAAGCUGGAAUCCGUUAUGGAAUUCCAUGGAAAACCUUGUGGAACAAGGUCAAAGGAAAACAUAAGAACAAAGUGGGUGGACCAACUGCAUUAACGGAAGUCGAGGAAAGAGUUUUGGUAGACGUGCUUCUUGCAGCUGGUGAGUUCGGAAGUCCUCUCACUGCAUUCGAUCUCAGAUUACUAGUCAAAAGAUAUUUUGAUCGAAAGGGAACGAUCAUAAGCAAGUUUCCAAACAACUUGCCAGGCCACGACUGGGUUUUGAAUUUUAUGGAUAGGCACAAAGAUAAGCUGUCACAAAGAAGCUGCCAGAACAUCAAGACAUGUCGUGCAGAGAAAACGGAAGAGGAGAUGCAAAAUUAUUUUGAAAAUUUGGAGAGAAGCCUGAGAGAUGUUCCACCUACUAAUAUUUUAAAUUUCGAUGAAACUAAUCUUUCCGAUGACCCCGGAUCUAAAAAAUGUAUAUUUCGGCGAGGAAUGAAAUAUCCAGAACGAGUAAUGAAUACUUCUAAGGCAUGUAUUUCCAUUAUGUUUGCCAUCACUGGGGCUGGAGAUGUUUUGCCACCAUACACGGUGUAUAAGGCGGAGCGAUUGUACGACCAGUGGACCAUUGGAGGACCGAAGAAUGCUCGUUAUAACAGGUCGAAAUCGGGUUGGUUCGAUGGCUUUACCUUUGAAGAUUGGUUCUCCUCAAUUGUUAUUCCUUGGGCGAAAAGGCUUUCUGGGCCUAAAGUUAUUAUAGGCGAUAAUUUAUCCUCACAUCUGAACAUAGAAAUUAUAAUAGAAUGUCAGCGAAAUAAUGUUAGGUUCGUAUUUCUACCGAAAAAUGCAACGCAUAUCACCCAGCCUUUGGAUGUGGGUUAUUACGGACCUCUCAAAAAAAUAUGGAGGAAAUUACUGACGGAUUAUAAAACACAGAAUCCUCGAGACCAAACUCUGAACAAGUCCACAUUUCCACAUUUGCUGAAAAAGUUGAUGGACAAAUUAGAUUUGACCAAUAAAACUACAAUUGAGGGAGCUUUUCGAGGAACAGGAAUCAUUCCAUUUAAUCCACAGGAAGUGAUGAAAAGGUUGCCUUCAAAUAGAGCCCAGGAACAUAUUUCCGAAACACUCAGCGAGUCAUUGCUGGACUAUUUGAAAGAAUUUCGUACUCCUCAAUCAAAUAUAAAACCUCGAUCAAGAAAAAAAAUGUUGAAAAUUCAACCAGGAAAAUCAGUUUCCUAUGAAGAUUUUUGUUCCGAUGAAGAAAAUGCUGCAGAAGCUGUAGAAGGCGUUGCCGAAGAUGAAGAAGAAAAAGAAAAUAUUCCAAAUAUUGAUCUCACAGAUGUAGACGUAAGUGACGAGGAAUUACCCAUUCCAAAACCAGGAAUUUUUACUGUGAUUAAACUAGCUUCUAAGAAAUCCUUCAAGCAUUUUAUAUGCAAGAUUGAAGAGGUGAACAGGCCAGAAUUGGUGGUCAAAUUUAUGAGAGUGAAACGGGAAAAUCUUUUUGUUUUCCCGGACAAAGAUGAUAUUUCCGUACAAAAUGAAGACGACAUUGUUAUGUAUCUGAAGCCUCCAUCAAUGAAGAGGGGCAUUUAUACGUUCGAUGGACUGAAUACUACAGAGUACAAAUUUUGAAUAUUUUAUGUAUACCUAUAUUUAGAGUUGAGAAUGCUUUUUACUUUAUCAAGUUAACAAAAAUGUUUUAUUUACUUUUGUACUUUAUUUACGAAUAUAAAUAAAUAUUUGUCCAUUUUGAAGAAUUUAGUGAAAUAUUUUUGAAAAAAUAUUGAGUUUGUUCAAUGAAAAAAAAAAUCAAUCAAAAAACAUAUGUAAAAAUAACGUGUAAAGUAUCCAUUCAGACAGUUCGACUUGGAAUAAUAUUUAUUUUUAUAUGUUCUUGUAAAUUCACACUACGGACAGGUGACUUUACACAAAAAUAAAAAAAUAAAAAUCUCGUAACUAUCAUAUUUCGUCGACAAUAUAUAGGCUUCCAUGUGUAGACAAUAGUCUAAAAUAACAUAUAUAUCAGACUUCAAAUUAUCAACUCAUUAUGAGAGGUAGUUUUACUGUUAAAAAUGUCAAAAUUGUU